GACAGAGCGCCGCCUGCUGGAGGCAAACAGACUUUCAGCACAGCAAACUUUAGCUUCAUUAGCCGAACUGACCUGCUCCAGAGCAGAAGCAGAACCAGAACUCGCGUACAGCACAAGAACUGAAUAAGAAUCUGUUGUCAGGCAGGACUGAUGGCGUCCGCGAGUUUAUUUGGGGCUUUCAGGCGGUUUGUGAGCAGAAAUGUGAAGAUAAGGUGGAUGAAUGAGCGCAUUUGGACUUAUCGAAUCAGAACUUCAAAGAGAACAGCUUCGCUUCUCGUGGCUGUGACUCCACUGUCAUUCCUCAUCUACGAGAGAAUCACUCAUUUCGCAUCGGUUCGUGCGCUGGAAUCAGCAGAAGAAGUUUUAGAACAAGCGGAUUAUCUGUACAGCUGUGGAGAGACACAGAAGCUCCACCAGCUCCUGCUGAAGCACAAGGACAGUGACGAGGCAGAGUUUCUGUGGCGUUUGGCCCGAGCGUCCCGUGAUCUGGCUUUACUGUCCAGCAUCAGUGCGGAGGAAAAGAAAAGACUCAUCUACGAGGCCUUCGAGUACGCCAGGAGAGCUCUGGAGAAAAACGAGUCGUCCUUUGCGGCACACAAAUGGUUCGCCAUCUGCCUCAGUGAUGUUGGUGAUCAUGAGGGGAUCAAAGUCAAAAUAGGAAAUUCCUACAUCAUUAGACAGCAUCUGGAGCGAGCAAUUGAACUCAAUCCAAAAGAUGCAACAUCCAUCCAUAUUCUUGGGUACUGGUGUUUUGCAUUUGCUGAAUUACCGUGGUACCAGCGGAAAGUUGCAGCCGUUAUUUUUGCGUCGCCUCCGACAGCCACUUAUGAAGAGGCUUUGGCGUUUUUCCUGAAAGCUGAAGAAGUUGACCCAAAUUUCUACAGCAUGAACCUGCUGAUGCUCGGGAAGACGUACAUGAUGCUGAAGGACGUCCAGCGGGCGGCGCUGUGGCUCACUAAAGCGCGCGACUAUCCUGCAGUCACAGAGGAAGACAAACAGGUCCACAAGGAAGCGCUGGAGCUUCUGAAGAAACUCAACGGAUGAUGAGCGGCAGCUCAAUUAGUCCCGAUGUUCUCGAACCCUAACCCAGAGAUGCCUCAACUGUGCUUUGUAAUGACUAAUUAGUUGAUUUGUGUACGAUGGAGGUUUGCUAUUGAGUAUUUUAGACUCUUUAAUGUCUGCCAUUAACAGAAGCUGAACAGAGGGAAGAAAUCUGACCAGUGCUGCUGGAUUUCUAGCACUCAGAAACGAUGGCAUUAGGAUGAAACACUUUUUGUUCUGCUUUAUUUACAUGAAUCAUAUCAAAUGUUUUGUCAGGAUCUGGGGAGCAAUUUUAACAAAUUUACAUUUGUGCAAAUGAAUUAAAGCUAAAUAAACUAGAAUAAAUAUAAAAGAAACAUUUUAUGUUGGGCUGUGAUGAGAUGCAAUUGAAAAAUCAAAAUAAAACCCACUCGCUUCA